AUGAAAUCCGGUGCCAGUGUCUACCACAUGCCUUUUAAACCGCCUGGGAGUUCCUUCACCAUUGAUAGUUCCACCAUUCUGAACAUCACUGGUUGCGAUCUUGAUGUGUAUUUGGUCGAUGAUGACAAACUCAGAACCAAGUGGGUUUGCAGAACUGUGUGCCCUGACCAAGGAAUCACAGAAAUGGUGGCUAUGCACAACUGUAACGGCUUCGGAUGUUGCCGUGUUGAGCUGCUAACUCUUGACGCUGAUGGCGUUCACUUCAAAUUUGUCCGCCUCCACAGGAAAAGCAACACCGGAGCAAGCUCUAAGGAGACCUCUCAGUUGUGGGAUAGAAUCAGCAUAACUACUGAUGGUUAUUAUGGCUUUUCGCUCAGGUGGAAUAUAAGGGAUCAACCAACCUGUGUUGCCGCCAUGCGAAACUGGACCACCUAUGCUUGUAUGAGCAGGCAUACCGAGUGCAUUGAUAGUGCAACCUAUGAAUGUAGUGGAGAUGCCACAUGCAUCGACGGAGGCAUGGCAUCUACUAAUGGCUACAACUGCAUCUGCGACAUUGGUUAUACAGGCAACCCUUACAUUCUAGAUGGCUGCUCCAACGACAAAGGGUAUAAUCCUAUUCCGAGCAGAACUGAUUGUACCCGUUGGUGUGGUAACAUCUCUGUGCAAUUCCCAUUCGGCUUAGAAGACGGUUGCUUUGCGAGAGAACAGUUUCACCUCAACUGCACAAAUAGAACGUCAUCGGCUGUUCUACUACGGGAGGAUCUUGAGGUAAUCGACAUGAAUGUUGACAAAGGGACCAUUAAAUUACAAUUUGAUGCAGUAAGCGAUCUUUUUGUUGAUUUUGAGCUAUCUGUGAAAUGGGCAGCCGCUAAUCUAAGUUGCUUAGAGGCCCAACAGAAUAGAUCUGGAUAUGCUUGUGUGAGUAUGAAUAGCAAGUGUUUACCAGUAAAUGCUGAAUACGACUACGUUGGUUACCACUGCCAAUGCUCAGAUGGUUUCGAAGGGAAUCCAUACAUCCAAAGUGGCUGUCGAGAUGUAGAUGAAUGUCGUGAACCAAACAUUUGUCAAGGGGUCUGCCGUAACACCGAAGGGAGCUACUAUUGUACUAAAUGUCCCCCGAACACUGAAUAUGAUGCAGCAAAAAUGCGGUGUACUACAACGAAACAACAAAUAUUGUUUUUAGGUAUUAUUAUUGGGUUGUCUUGUGGCUUCAGCAUUCUAGUUCUGAGCUUUAGUACAAUAUUUCUCAUUCGUAGACGGAGUAAAUAUAUUCAGAAUCAAUUACGGAAGGAAUUUUUCCGGAAGAACCAAGGUCUUCUUCUAGAAACGUUGAUAUCAUCUGAUGAAACUGCCCAUGACAGAACAAAGAUUUUCUCGUUAGAAGAGCUAGAGAAGGCAACAAAUAACUUUGAUCCUACACGUAUCAUCGGCCGUGGGGGCCAUGGCAUGGUAUACAAAGGCAUGUUAUCUGAUCAACAUGUCGUUGCAAUAAAAAAGUCUAAAGUCAUUGAGCAGUGUGAGAUCAAUCAAUUCAUCAAUGAGGUUGCAGUCCUCACUCAGAUAAACCACAGAAAUAUUGUGAAGCUUUUCGGAUGUUGUCUCGAAACCGAGGUUCCACUGCUGGUGUAUGACUACGUAUCCAGUGGUUCACUGUCUCAAGUUCUUCAUGCAGAUGCAAGCAAUGGUCUUUCUUUGUCUUGGGGUGACUACUUAAGGAUUGCCCUGGAAACAGCAGGAGCUCUAUCCUAUCUCCACUCUGCAGCUUCAAUAUCAAUCUUCCAUCGUGACGUAAAGUCCUCAAAUAUAUUGCUGGAUGGGAACUACACAGCUAAAGUUUCCGACUUUGGUGCGUCUAGGUUGGUUCCAAUUGAUGAAACACACAUUGUUACAAAUGUGCAAGGUACAUUUGGGUACUUAGAUCCAGAGUAUUUCCAUACCAGGCAGCUGAACGGGAAGAGCGACGUGUACAGUUUUGGUGUGGUACUAGUUGAGUUGCUUCUCAGAAUGAAGCCUGUAUUUACAAGUGAAUCAGGCACCGUCAAAAGUUUGUCAAACUAUUUCCUACAGGAGUUCAAUGAGGGAAGAAUCACCGAUAUUGCUAAUUCUCAGGUGCUUGAGGAGGCAACCGAGGAAGAGAUCAAUGGUGUUGCCUCUCUUGCAGAGCGGUGCUUGAGGCUACACGGCGAAGAAAGACCAACCAUGAAACAGGUUGAGACAGAACUGCAGACUCUACGGGCAAAACGGAUGAACUCAUCUCAGCCUGAUCCGAGAAAUGGAGAACAUAUGCAACCAAGGUCGUUAACUCAAAGGAGUAGAUCUGCUCGGCAAUUGUCCUCACAACCAGGUGGUAGCCAACGACGCUAUAGCUUGGAGGCAGAGUUCUUGUCAUCUGCUAGCCUACCACGCUAG